ACUGAAAGAGACAUCCUUGAGGUGAUACCGAAUCUCGAAGAUGAAAUCUCCAAAUUACUUCAAAACCCACCUUUCGAGCCCUUCGAUCAAGAAGAUGCCAAGGUCGUAGCUUUAUGCAGAUGGUUUAAAAAAGAUUAUAUGAAAUGGGUUGAUCCCAUCCCUUGUGCAUCUUGCGGCGGAAUGACCGAAAGUGACGAUAAACCCGGAACUCCUACAGAGGAAGAGUUGGCGGAGAAAGGGAAGAGAGUAGAGUUACAUAAAUGUCUAGACCCGGAAUGUGGAGGGAUGAGACGAUUUGUUAGGUAUGGAAGUGUUAAAGCUCUUCUUCGGACUAGAGAAGGAAGAUGUGUAGGUGAAUGGGCACAUCUGUUUCACUGUUUCCUUCAAGUCUCAAAGAUCAGAGCUCGAUACGUCUGGAACAGUGAAGAUCAUGUAUGGUGUGAAUAUUAUUCCUCGAGUCAGAAACACUGGGUUCACGUUGAUCCUUGCGAAGCCGCUGUGAACCAACCUAUGUUGUAUGAUCAAGGCUGGGGGAAAAAACAAGCGUUUUGUUUAGCGUACGGACGUGAUGGUGCCGAAGAUGUUACCCCUGUGUACGUAUCUGACUUUUCCACCGAUUGUCAAAUCCGUCGUCGAGAUAAGGGAUGGCCAGAAUUUCAACUUGAACAAUCUUUGAAAGAUGAUACCACACUUUGUCGUCUACAACUACCAUUAUCAGAACGUCUUCUCUUACUACAAAUCGAUAAGAACCAAGCGGAUUGGGUGGCGGAAGCUCCUAUACGAUUAAAGCAAUCUCAAAAAGAACGAUUGAACGGUCGGAUAUCCGGUCCUGAAAAAUGGAGGAAAGCUCGAGACGAACUAGGACUGCCAGAAUCAAAUAUGUCCAAACCAAAGAUCAGAAUGAAAAUGCCAUUAGGUUAUCAAACAUUCGGAAACCCAAUUUGGUCAGAAAAAGAAGGUUUGAUACUUACUUCUGGACCUGAUCAAACUUCCGCUUUAUACAGCUUACAACCCGUGUCACAAAGUACGAGCUGGAAAUUAGUCAUGGAUUUCAAGUUUGAAGCUCCGAUAGAAGCAGGAGAAAGUGGAGCGGCAGAUGGGAUAGCUGUUGUUUUUUCAAGUGAACGUAAAUUGGGGGAAGGUGGUUUUGGUUUAGGUUAUUCUGGAAUUGGUAAACAAGGAGAUUUCGCUAUUGAAAUCGAUACAUAUCUCAGUCAAGAUCAUGCUCAAGAUCCACCAAUACCUCAUAUAUCUAUACAUUCACCUCUUAACGCACAUCAUCGUAAUUCAUUAUCAUGUUCUCUUCCUGGUCAAAUCCCUUUUCUGUCCGAUGGUAUUUUACACACUUUAGAAAUAUAUUUCAAAGCUUCUUCUCGACACGUUCGAGUAUAUCUACAACUAAGAAGUACCUCUGACGAUAUAAACCUCGACAGAAGAGAUGGAGAAGGGAGUUUGAUGGAUAUAGAACAGGAUGAGAAAAGGAUAGAAUUGAAAGUUUGUGAUGCUUUCAUACCAUUUUCAGAAGGGGAUUGGUUUUUAGGUUUCACGGGGAGUUGUGGAGGGUUAUGGCAAAGAGUGAGUUCAUCUUUCUCCUUCUUUUCCAUUUACACACCUAAUAAUCUCCACUUUUUCGCGAGACAAACGGAUGGUGGUGGUGUUUCGAUUAUCACUCACGAGUCAUUGAUACGGCGCUUCCUUAUGGGAUGGUCCUUAUGGGAUGAUGGGGUCUCUUGA